AUGGAGGAGAUUCGAGAAGAACUUCGUCGACGAGAGGAUCGAGGACCAAACGGAAACAACAACAGCAAUGCUGCAAUUUCCCGCCAGGUGCUGGGAGCUUCCUCAUCGCUGGCUUCCACGUCAUCAAGUCAAGUCAGACCAUCGAUGAUGGCCUCCUCUUCCACAUCUUCAGGAACUUUGUUGAGAACUUCCGGUUUGCAACAGCAGCAACAGUAUCCAUCGGCUGGAAAUCGCCUUGGCAGCGGCAGCAGUGGAGGCGGUCAACCGCCGGCCCCUGCUCCAAAGCCAAAUCGACCCGCAUCAGCGGCAUUUAGCUCUUCAGGCAGUCUCCAACAGCAGCAGCAGCCUGGAUCACUAUCUUCAUCUUCGAGCAGUCAACAGCUGCCGAUGGCCACCCAGGUCAGCUACCGAUACGGCCCCAGUGGAUAUCCUCAGUCGUCGGCAACAGCUUCCAACAACAACAACAGCACCACCACUACAACUAAGUCAAUGCAGUCGUCAAGCGCUGCCACUUUGGCACUGGGACGGACAUCAGGUGGAAAAACCUCACCGUCGCCCUGGGAACGCGAGGAGAAGGAAAAGGAGCAGGCGUUGAAAAACGAAGACAGUCGUGAGCGCAGUCGCGAGGAGGAGAUUCGCCACCUGGAGUCACUGCCCUACCGCAACCCGAAGAAUGAGGACCGCCUGAGGGCACUGCUUACCGAGCGGGACUUCCAACGGCGGGCAGCCGAGGAAGCGGCAAAGAACGGCGGCGACGACUACUACGGCGAGGGCGAGUACGAGGACGAGGAGGCCACUGCGAGAAUGCUCGACCGGGCGGAGAAGCGGGAGCGAAUGAUCGCCCUCCAGGCGGACAUUGAACGCACCCGACAGCGCCGACUGGAGGGUCGCUACGGCGGCGGAAACGACCUGAUGGAGGCCAGGGCGGGCUCGGAUGGAAAGCUCAACAAGACGCUCGAGGAACAGGAAGAACGCUUGAAGAUGCUUCGAUUGGAAGAGGAAGCCGCACAGCAGGCCGAGGAACGACUGCUGCAGGAGGCCGCCAAAAGACGACAGGAUGACGAAUCAGUUCCGAACCAUCAUCAUCGAGCACCGCCGCUGGUCUCAAAAGGCAUCCUCAAAUCGUCGGGUUCGGUUUUUAACAACAACAACAACCUCGACAACGACCUUCCCCCGCCCCUGCCCAACUCUCCGCCGCCGGUGGAGUCGGCGAACCAGCGCCUCGACCGCCUACUGCUCUCCACUGCACAUUCCAAAUCAGCCAGCGAUGAUUCCACUCAGCUGCCGCCGUUGACUAUGGUGGCGCCUCGAGGGGGCGUCCUCAAGAACGGCACCGCCUACAAUGGCUCAGGAGGGGGCUCUGGAGGCAAUCAUGACCAGUCAUCAUCGAACAGCAGCUCAAACGCCGCACCAAAGAAGGUCUCCUGGAACACGAAAACGACCGUGGUUGUGACGCCAGAAGACGGAGAGGAUGAUGAGGAGGACGACGAGGAUGAGGGAGAUCGCAGCGAUAAUGAUGAGCAAGAAGGUAAUCGUCAACACAGGAGAGUUGAAAAUACUACCAACAAAAACAACAACAACAACAACGAGGAAGAGGACGACGACGAGGAGUUCUACGGUGGUAAUGGGGGAGCCCAAAAUAAUGGGCUAGGAAAUGGUCGUGGUGGUGGUGGUGGUGGCGAUGACCUCGAGGAGACGUUUUCGCUGCAGGACAUCGAAGAGGCCCUGGUCAUCGGAGGCGACGGCAGCCAAGGCGGCCAAGGUAACCAGACAGGCGGCGCCAACACCUCUUCGUCGGGAUCUGCUGCUCAGGAUGACACUACCGCCGGUGACAUGCUGACGGCGAACAGCUACGACGAGGAGUGGCACACCAAGUACGUCAGCAGCGGCCACACCUCGGGCGUCAUCGGCACGCAGGAGAUCUACAAUGACCCGAGGCAGCGAAUCGAGGCAGCCCGACGACUGGCGGCCACCAAUGCCAGUCAGUCGGCGCUGGCCGGCGACAAGGUCCCCGAGAAGUUGUCUUUUGCCGAGAAGAUGAAGAUGUUCGCAAAGACAAGCGGCGCAGCGGCAGAGGAUGAGAACAAUCAGAUCAACAGUGGACGAGGUGGACCCGGUGGUGUUACCGUCUCCGGAACCGGUAAAGGUGCUGCUGCUGCUGCAAGCAGUAACAACAGCAAAAGCUCAUCUUCGGUAAAUCAACGAACCACGGUGGUCACGACCAAUGGCGGUGAACGAUAG